AUGAACCCAACUUCACAACAGCAAAUGCAAUUGUUACAAGCACUACCCGCGGCGACGCACCUGCAACAGUUGCAUCAGACGACACCACCUCCGCCGCCGCCGCCAUCAGUAGCGUCCGCUUAUCAAGCAUAUCCGGCGACCAUGCUGCAACAGCAUACAGCGCAACACGCCCAGCAACAGCAGCAGCAAUUCCAGCUGCAGCAACAAUAUCACUUUCAGCAGCAGCAACACCAACAACAGCAACAACAGCAGCAAUUGCAAAUGUUACAAACCUAUAUGCAAUUGCAGGCGAAUAAUCUGGCUGCCGCCGCCACAAGUACACCCACCAAGUACCAAGCUGCUGCAGCGGCCGCCGCAGCCGCUGCCGCCGCCGCCUUACAGCAUCAGCAACAACAGCAACAUCACCAGCAGUUGCACCAGCCAAUGACAUCGCCUCCACCACUGCCGCCGCAACAGCAAUACUUUGCCGCCACCCCAGCGGCCGCGCCGCCACACCAGCUCACCAUCAUACCGGCGGCGGCCUGUAAUGGUGCUGCUGCCGUCGCUGCCGCCAUGUUUGCAACGGCCACUGCCGCAGCUGCGGCGAAUGCCAACAAUGUCGGAUCAGUUGCAGUCACACCAGCAACCGCAACACCAUCCAACAAUGUAAAUAAUAACAUGCUUAAUCUAUCUGCAACAACUAGUGCUCGUGGUUGUGGCAUCGGACUGUUGGCCGUGCCACACUACGCGCCCGUAACGUAUAUGAAACGCCUCAAUGGCAACAGCGCGCACAACGCCGCACUCCUCCAACACUAUGGCGGUACUGGCCGACGCAUGGCGGAGUCUGCAGCAGCAGCAACAGCAGCCGCCGCCGCCGCUUUAGACUGUCGCGGUGAUGACGAGUUGCGUUGUGCCACGACAGCUGAAACAGUGCUGUACACUGCCAACGCCUCCAGGCCAGCGGCAAUGGAUUUGGAGGAGGCGGAGUUGAUUGAUGAGGAUGUGAUUGCGGGCGCUGACGUCGCGUCGACUGGCAGCAGCUGCAGUUCGGUGCCUUCUGAUUGUUCUUCUAUGCCAUCGCCAUCCUCUGCUACUACUACUACCACUACUACUACUACUACUACUACACUCCACUUAACUUCUCCUAAAAAGGUUUGUGUCUGA